AGGAUGCUAAUUUCCCUGCUUUGCUCUAUAAAAAAGACAGUUCUGAGGUUCUUCGGUGUGUUCUGAUUACACCUUUUACAUUACACUGUAAAAGGAAGGAGUGAACAACAUCGACGAUGGGAAAGCUGUGCUUCUCAGGGUUGGAGGUGACCCUGGUGCUGUUGUUUGCAUCGGUCAGUUUACUGGCUGUGGAAGCAAGGACAGUCCGAGCAGAAUGUCCCGUCAUUCCACAGGCCGAGAGAGUGGACUGUUUCCCAGAACCCAACGCUUCCCAGGAAAAAUGUUUGGAAAGAGGUUGCUGCUGGGAAACCUCGAGUGAGGCUAACGUGCCCUGGUGCUUCUUCUCCACAAGCCACGGCUACAGCGUAGUGAGCCAAAGCACGCCAGACAGCACACAUAUUGAGGCCAGGCUGACAAGAAUGGAUGCUCCAACUUUGUUUGGAGGUGAUAUUCAGGAGCUGAACUUCUACGCUGAAAUGCAGACAGAAAACCGUCUUCGUUUAAAGAUCACUGAUGCAAACCAAGCCAGGUUUGAGGUUCCUCACGAGCAUGUGCAGUCGCUCACUGACACUCCCAGCGGACCCCUAAAAUACAGACUCGAACUGACCCAGAACCCCUUUGGACUGAAAGUUUGGAGAACAUCUCCUGAAAGACUUCUGUUUGACACGACCAUUGGGCCACUGGUUUUUGCUGAUCAGUACCUUCAGCUCUCGGCUAAACUCCCCUCUCACAAUAUUUAUGGACUUGGAGAGCAUGUCCAUCAAACCUUCCGCCAUGACACCAACUGGAAGACCUGGCCUAUCUUCACAAGAGAUGCCUUUCCCAAUGGCGGCACACACAACCUGUACGGCCACUACCCCUAUUUCACAUGUUUGGAAGAUGAAAGCGGCCAAUCCUUUGGUGUUUUCCUCAUGAACAGCAAUGCUAUGGAGGUGACAAUCCAGCCUGCUCCAGCUAUAACCUACCGAACUAUCGGUGGGGUUUUGGACUUCUACAUCCUCCUUGGAGACACACCAGAGGCAGUGGUGGACGAGUUCACAAAGCUGAUUGGUAGGCCCUUCAUGCCUCCAUACUGGUCUCUGGGCUUCCAGCUGUCUCGUUGGGACUACGGCAGCCUGGCGGAGGUGAAGAAGGUCGUGGAGAGAAAUCGACAGGCUGGCCUUCCCUACGAUGUCCAGUUCACUGACAUUGACUAUAUGGAGAACAAAAAGAUCUUCACCCAUGACCUGGUUAAUUUUACGGAGCUGCCUCAGUUUGCUGACUACAUGCAUGCUUAUGGGCAGAAAUACAUCAUCAUACUGGAUCCUGCCGUGUCCACAGGUCAAAGGAUAAACGGACCUUAUGAAGCACUUGACAGGGGAAAUGCAGCUAAUGCUUGGGUCACUGAAUCAGACGGAGUAACACCUCUAGUGGGAGAGGUCUGGCCAGGAGAAACCUUGUUUCCUGACUACACUAAUCAGGCUUGCAUUGAUUGGUGGGUUGAUGAAAUUUCGCGUUUCCACAAGGAAGUCAAGCAUGAUGCUCUCUGGAUUGACAUGAAUGAGGUGGCCAAUUUCGUGCAGGGAAGCAGCAAAGGCUGCGCUAAUAACAAUCUCAACUAUCCUCCAUUCACCCCACGUAUCCUUGAUGACCUGAUGUACAGUAAGACCUUAUGUAUGGAUGCUAAACACAAAUGGGGAAGCCACUAUGAUGUGCACAGUCUCUAUGGGUACUCCAUGGUCCUGGCCACUGAGAAGGCAUCAAAAGCAACAUUUACGACGAGCCGUUCCAUGGUUUUUACCCGCUCUUCUUUCCCUGGUGUGGGCAAGUACGCUGGGCACUGGUUGGGUGACAAUGGCGCCAACUGGAAUGACAUUAAAUGGGCGAUACCCGGCAUGCUGGAGUUUAACCUCUUCGGAGUCCCUUACAUCGGUGCAGACAUCUGUGGGUUCUUUGACGACUCGUCAGAGGAGCUUUGCAGACGCUGGAUGCAAGUCGGCGCAUUUUACCCCUUCAGUCGUAACCACAAUGCACAGGGUUAUGCGGACCAGGACCCUGCAGCAUACGGUGCCGACUCUCUGUUGGUGCAGACCUCCAAGCAUUACCUAAACAUCCGAUACACCCUCCUGCCAUACCUCUACACUCUGUUCUACAAGGCCCAUACUAAAGGAGAGACCGUAGUGCGUCCCAUGAUGCAUGAGUUCUAUUCUGACAGUGAAACCUGGGCAGUGCACAAACAGUUCUUAUGGGGAGCACAUCUUCUCAUUACACCUGUUUUGGACCCUGGUGUAGAAAAUGUGGAGGCUUAUAUCCCAGAUGCUGUCUGGUAUGACUUUGAGACGGAAACAAGGAUUACACAUCGCAAAGUGAAAGUGUUCUUGCACAUUCCAGGUGAUAAACUUGGUUUACACCUGAGAGGUGGAGCCAUUCUGCCUAUACAAAGUCCAGCUGUCACCACUACAUCCAGCCGACUUAAUCCCAUGGGACUGCUCAUUGCUCUUGAUGACAACAAGGCGGCGUCAGGCGAGCUAUUUUGGGAUGAUGGAGACUCUCGAGACACUGUCUCAUCCGGCUCCUACAUUCAUUACCAGUUUUCACUGGCUAAUGAUGUCUUGACAUUGCAUGUUGACCACAAUGGCUACACUGAUCCAAACAACUUGAAGUUUGAGAGCAUCACAGUGAUGGGAAUGACAGCUGCCCCGUCCGUUGUGUUUGUGUCUGACGGCAUCACUACUAUCACUCUGCCUGAGUCCCAGGUUUACUACGAUGCUACCAAGCAGGUGAUGUAUCUGAGAGACCUGGCGCUGGAACUGGGGAAGGACUACAAAAUCAACUGGGAGGCCAAAUACAAAUACUCUCGGCACAUAGAUUGUUACCCCGAAGCGGGUUCUGAUCAGGCCAAAUGCGAAGCCCGCGGCUGCGUCUGGCAGCCUUCAGAUACUCCUAACCAGCCCUGGUGUAUUUACGCCGAUACCCAUGGCUACAUCACCAAAAACGUGGUUGAAACAGCAAGUGGCAUCACUGUAGAUAUUGAGCGCAACACCAACUUCCCAAGUCAGCUUCCUCAGUCUCCAGACAUCGACACGCUCCGUGUGGAAGUCACUUUCCUUAGCGGAAAGAGCCUACGUUGGAAGAUCUAUGACCCAAACAAUGCUCGCUACGAGGUGCCCGUUCCCCUCAACCUGCCUCCCACACCAGAGACAGAUGAAAACAACAGACUGUAUAGGGUUCAAAUCAAGAACAAUCCAUUCGGGAUCCAAGUGAUCAGAAAGGGCUCAGAAGAAGUUAUCUGGGACUCUGCCGUGCCAGGGUUCAUAUUUUCCAAUCAGCUUCUUCAGAUCUCCACACUCCUUCCCUCAGACUAUGUGUAUGGUGUUGGUGAAACAGAGCACCCCAGCUACAAACAUGACCUCAACUACCACAAAUACGGCCUGUUUGCCAAAGACCAGCCCCCAGGGUACAAGCUGAACAGUUAUGGACUCCAUCCCUUCUACAUGAGUCUGGAGAAAUCACAAAGUGCUCACGGCAUCCUUCUGCAAAACAGCAAUGCCAUGGGUGAGUAAAAUCACACGCGCUAAACAUUUGUGUCUCACUUGGA